AUGGACUCAAGGGUUAUCUACCUCUUGGGACUCAAUACCAACAAAAACAACUCGCAAAUCACUGGCAGCCAACCUCUGGGUCAACUCCACCAGUCAGUGGGCCAUGUCUUCAAGUUGCUGUCCAAAUGGGAAUAUUUUGGCGACAAAGCCACAAAGCUCUGGGCAUUACCCAAGGGAGACCAGUUUUGGAAAUGGCAGGAUGAAAAUGGAGCGGUUGACGGUAACAGCGUCUACAAGAUGCACCGAAACGGGGCUAUUUUCGUGUGGAGCUCCGGAAGUAAUUGGACGAGAAUUGCUAGCGCUGAGCCCACAGUAGAGAUAGCUGCAGGUGAAGCAGGCAUGUUUUCCUUGAUGGAAACUGGUAAGAUCCAUAAGUAUUCUGGAAAUGGGGAUGCGUGGAACUCUGUUGAUUCCCAUUCCGACAACGCUCAUCUUGCGGUAGGUAACCAUGUUUACCAAGUGAAUACGAAAGGGGAAGCUUAUGUCCGGGAGAGAGAUGGCGCGUGGAAAAUCCUCGGGGAAAAGCCUCAGACAGAGUCUCUCCAGCCGAGCAAAACGGUUCCCAAACCUGGACAUGACAGGCAAUUUUACGUCUUCUCUGGCACCCAGUAUGCCACAAUCGAGUUUGAGAUUGGAGGUAUCUCUGAUAAGCUCAUCGGCGUCGAUAACGACAACCUCCAGGACACCAUGGGAUACAGCGGUGUUAAGACCCUUGAGACACAAUGGAAAGCUUUGGUGGAUGCCGGCUUUGACACCGUGGAUGCGGGAAUUCCCGAUCCCAAAGAUAGUGACAAGCUGUUUUUCUUUCGAGGCACACAGAGUUUAAAGUACAGCUUUUCGCAAAAUAAGGUAUUGGCUGGACCCAAGCCCAUUAGCGCCUAUUGGCGUGGCAUUGGCACGGCAGGCUUCGACUCUAUCGAUGCUAUCUUCAAAAGCCCCAACCCCAGCGACAGUUAUUACGUUUCCAAAGGUGAUAGGUAUGCGAGAAUUAAAUGGGAUGGAGGAUGGGAUACUCUGGAGUGGGGUCUGAACAUCAUCAAAGAGACUUGGUCAUCUUUAAAAGCUUGGGUCUAG